AUGAUUCAAAAAAUAACAUCAAUACCAAUAUUUAUUAUAAAAUUUUUAUUGAAAAUUAUAAAAUCUGGUUUAAAUGAAAGAAAUUUAUUUACAUUCCCAUUAAAUUUUUUUAUAAAUUUCCUUCCAAUUUCUAUAUGGUUAACAAUUUUUAAAAAUGCUGGAAUUUUACCAAAUGAAAUUAGACCAAAAAUUUAUGUUUCAUUAAUUUAUAACUUGGAUUUACAGAUAUUUAAACCAACUUUUAUUAAUAUCUUUAUAUGGUGUUUAAUAACCCUUGGGUUUACUUACUUAUGGUAUUUAAUUAUUCAAAAAAAAUCAUUCCAUUAUAACCUAAACAUCAAUACAAAUUCAAUUUUACCAAAAAUUCCAGAUGAAGAAGAACAAUCUUAUGAAUUUGAAAAUUUCCAAGACUCAGACGAACCAUCAACUUCAUCAUCAUCAACUGACUCAUUACCAAAUUUCCAUAGUUCAUCCCUUUCAAUCUCCCCAAAAAAAAUCACAAGAUUUCAUUCAUUAUAUUUAACUCCAAUAAUUUUUUUUUCAGUUUGGCCAAUGUUAAACAUUGUUGAACAUUUUGCUCAACAUAUAACAGUCCCAAAGGAUUUAACAGCAUGGUUCUUCUACGUGUUAGGUCAUAUAACAUUCCCAAUAUUAACCGCGGUUUACCUCUAUGUGUUUCAUCCACCAGGUAUCUUAAAAUGUUUUUCCAUUGCAUUAGGUUUACAAAACAUCGCAGGUGUCUUAACUCACUUAUUAUUCCCAAAUGCUCCACCAUGGUUUAUUCAUCUUUAUGGACCAGAUUCGGAUGCUAAUUAUGAUAUGCCAGGUUAUGCUGCUGGUUUAACAAGAAUUGAUGUUACUUUGGGGACUCAUUUACAUUCCCAAGGGUUCCAUAAAUCUCCUAUAGUAUUUGGUGCUUUCCCUUCAUUACACUCUGCAAUGGCUGUUCAAGUAUUCUUAUUCAUUUGGUAUUUUGCAAAUUUUAAAAUCUUGAGAAUUGCAGCCCUUGGGUUUGUUUAUAUUCAAUGGUGGGGAACUAUUUACUUGGAUCAUCAUUUUAAAAUUGAUUUAAUUGCUGGUUGGGGUUAUGCUUUAAUUAGUUUUGCUAUAGUUUAUCCUUAUUUAAGGAAAAAAGAAUUGGAAUUUAUUCAAAAUAGAUUAAAUUUAAAUUUUAAAAAGGGGUCAACUAUGGGGAUGAGAGUUUUUGAUAGAAAUUCAAAGAUUCAGAAAUUUUUUGAUCCAUAUAGAUGA